AUGGAGAAAACCCCCGAAUCAUUGGCCCAAGAGAUUGCUGCUAUGAGAGAGCAGUUGAGUAAAGUCAGCAAAGCAAUUGAUGUGUAUGAAUCAGUAGCUACUGGAAAUCUCGACAAGGAGGAUACUCAAUCCAAGGGAGAAAUCAGCCAAAAGCAUGUGGAGCUUUUCGUGGAGACGGAUAGGCUAAUGAAGAAAGUGAGGGGUCCUGUUGAUAUGGUAUUUUCCAAUUUUGAAAAUUCAGUGCAUUCAGGAACAUUGAGAACAGUUUUGGAAAUGGGUGUGUUUGAUGCUUUACCCAUGGAUGGAUCAUCAUCAAGUGCUACAAUAUUGGCCGAGAACCUGGGCGUGGAGAAGGAGCUGCUUGAAAAUAGGUACGACGAAUACAACCUCGCCAAUGCUCGAAUGUAUGAAUUUUUCCGCGAAAAUGGCUUCAAGAGUCCAGAAGAUCACUAUGUCAAUCCAUAUUGCUUCGCUCACCAAACUGGCGAGAAAAAUAUGUGGGAGCAUAUUGGAUCGUCCCCAGAGCGCUUCCAAAACCUAAACCUAGCCAUGAAAGCUCAGAGUGUAGCCACAAAUUGGACUGUUGGAAUCUUUCCAUUCAGAGAUACGCUAAAAGAAGUCAAAUCCAAUGAUGAGACCGUGCUGAUCUUAGACAUAGGUGGUGGCAGUGGGCACGUGACGAAGCAGAUCAUGGAGGUCGUCAAGGGAAUUCCAGGAAAAGUGGUUCUGCAAGAACGAGAUGAGUUGAUUGAUGCGAUUGCUCAUACAAUUCCUGAAGUCGUGACGAUGAAGUAUGAUUUCUUCACACCUCAACCUAUUAAAGGUAUGGUGGAUCCCUCUCUUGCUUCAUGA